AUGUCUAGUCAAUUUAAUGCACUUAGAAAAGAGUUAAAAGAAGAUAAAAAGAAUUAUAAUCACCAAUUAGGAAUAUUGUAUAUUUAUCAUAUUAAAUGUAACAUAGAAGGUUUUAAAGUCAUGAAACAAAUCUCUGAAGCAAGUUUUAAUUUAUUUAAAAAUGGAGGAAUGAUAUGGGAUAAUAUAAAUAUUAAUAAACUUAAACAAUGUAGUGAACGAGAAAUUAUACAAUAUAAUAUGGUCAAAGACGAACAUUUUAUUGAAUAUUAUGGAAAUUCGUUAGAUUUAAUUCUUCAACAAGAAAAAAGAACAAGCAAACAAUUACCAAAAAUGAUAGAAGUAAUGAUACUUCUUAUUCUUGAAAAUGGAAUGGAUUUUAAAGGAAUCUUUAGAUUCUCUCCUUAUACUAAUUUAAAAGAAAUAGAAGAAGGGACAAGAAGAAUAUCAGUAACUGAUAUUUCUGAGUAUAGUGUUGAUACUAUUGCAUGUUUAUUAAAAUGUCUUCUGCAAAAAAUGCCAAUACAUAUUAUUGAUACAAUGAAAUCAUUAGAAAUGAUUUCUAUUUUCUUAAAGAAUAAAACAGAACCUACUGAAGUGAAAAGAGAAUUAUAUAAAAAAAUAAUAUUUACUCUUCCUGAUGCAAAUAUUACUUUAUUAAUGAAUUUAUGUUAUCUGUGUAAUGAAAUUAAUAAAAAGAAAGAAUUAAAUGGAAUGAGUUCAAAAAAUUUAGGUGUUGUUCUUGCUCCAAGUAUUUUAACAUUACCUGAUCCAGAGUUUCUUGCUAAUUCAAAUAUUGAUCCAAAUACUGGAAAAGAAGUUGGAUAUGGAAUUGAUAUUUUAACGUUUCUUAUUGAUGAAUAUCCAAUGAUAUUUAAAGAAGAAUUAGAAAAGCAUGAAAGGGAAUUAGUUACUAUUGGUAGUAUUCAAAUACAAAGAAGUCAAAGUCCUACUUUAUUUUUUAAGAAUGAAAAAAAUCAUAAAAAGAAAUUAAGUGAUAACACAAUCCCGAACACUGAACAGUUAGAAAUUAAAGAAAUUCAUGACAGUCAGAAUGAAAAGACAGAUAAAAGCAGUGAUGAGUUACCAGUUAUUACAACAGUUACAUCAAUUAAUUUUGGGAAGUUUCAAAGAAAUAGUACUACUACAAAAAUAGAUAACCCAAAUGGAAAAUUUGGUACAUUUACUCCUGGUUUAGAUUCAUCUUCUCCAUGUAUUUCUUCAAAAGAAAAAAGAAUUAUUUUAAGAAGUGACCGUGCAAAUGAAUGUAUUAAAGCAGUUGACCAAAUAAAGCAAGAAAAUACAUUUGAUAAUAAUUUUUUUGAACAAAUUGAUGAAAAUGGAGAAAACAAUGAUAGCAUUAAAGCAAGAAGUUCAUUUACAACAAAAAGAUCAAAACAAUUUAAUCCAAUAAUGAAUAAAUUAAGUUCAAGUAUAAUUUCAUUAAAAACAAACGAAAAUUCUAUUGAAGAUGAAACUAAAUUAAAAGAUACAUCAGAACAAAUUCAUAGCAAUAACAUAUCAGAUGCUUAA